AUGAAUUGCUUAAACAAAAUUAAACAUUUCUUUUGGAGGGCUUAUAAAAACAUCCUCCCCACAAAGCUUAAGUUGAAAGAUAAGGGAAUUGGGAGUGAUGACAGAUGCGAAUUUUGUGAUCAAAGCGAAUCCUCAGGUCAUGCCCUGUGGAGCUGCAAAACAGCUGAAGAAGUUUGGAGCAACACAAAAUUGAAGUUGCCUUUCUUUCAGGACCCUCAAAGGGACUUCAUCGAUAUUGUAUGGGCAAUCUAUGACACACAUCCGGGUAUCAAUUGGGAGCUAUUUGCUGUGACUGCUUGGAGCUUGUGGAACAAUAGGAACAAGCUGCAUAGUGCAUAUCUGAAGGAAGUGCAGGAGGUGAAGCAGCCCAUUGAAAGGCCCCCGAUUCCUGCAAAACCUCCGUGGAUCCCUCCAAACCGGGGCUGUUUUAAAGUCAAUACAGAUGGGGCCAUUUUUGAAGAAUUGGGGUGCUGUGGGAUUGGUGUGGUUAUUAGGAAUGAAAGGGGUCAAUUGAUGGGGGCCAUGAGUAAGAAGUUUGAGUUGCCAUUGGAUGUGUUGGAAGUUGAAGCUAAAGCUUUGGAGGAAGGAAUGCUACUUGCUUGGGAUUUGGGGCUGAAAGAGAUUACUCUGGAAAGUGAUUCGGAGUUGGUAGUGAAGGCAUUGAGCGAUCAAAGGUUGCUGCAGAUUUCUAUUCAGAAAGUAAUUGAAGGGAUUAGAGAGGGGCUGAAGUGUUUUUUGGCUGCGACAGUAACCCACACCCGCAGAAGUGGGAAUAGUCCUGCUCAUAUAUUGGCUAGACAUGCCAAAUUGUUGAAUCAUAGCAUUAUAUGGGUGGAGGAUACUCCACCCAUAAUAGUUGAUCACAUUCAAAAUGAUGUAACCGGUUUGAAUUCUAUUUCUUUUAAUGAAAUCUAG